AACUGCACAAGAACUGGAUAAAAUAAGAAAAUCAAAAAUGUCAAAUGCAUCGAACAAUAAUUUGCGUCAGCCUGUGACCGUGAUAAAGAAAAAAUCGGCCCCAUUAGAUAGUGUGAUCGAUGAGCUGCAACAACUAGAAGAAGCUGAGAGUGACACAAAUGUUAAACAACAUUCGACAGGGACGUGUGCGUCGACUGGACGGCGGCGCUUCCAGUCGAAGGAUAAGAAUAAGAAACGCGAGCGUUGGCUUUUGACACGGAAAACUUGGCGGUAUAUGACAGAUGCGGGCCGCAAGUUGUUGCCCGAAGGAAAGACAUUCCAUGGCUCUGAUAAUAUAGCCCAAAUAGAAGAACAAUUUCAGCGUGUCUGUGCGUCGGAACCACGGUUCAUAUUAUGGCGUCGCAAGUCCUCGUUUCCAGGUGCUACAAAGAGCUGCUCCAAGCGACGUCUCAAAAUACUCUCUCAGCAUCGGGGCCAUAAUCAUGCCGCACAGAUCCAUCAACGAGCUCAAGAGCUGAAUGAGAAUAUAGACGUAACUAUAGAGCUAUUACAGUCCUAUCUCAAGAUUCGAGAUUCGUAUAAGACGACAGCGUUGCUGGGCACCAAAACCGUGCGUCCAGAUCAAACAUCUUCACCGAGCUCACAGCGACCGAACUAUGAGAGUAAACACUUGAGCUUAACUGAAUUGCAUGUGAAUAGCCCUAGCGAUGAAUCAAUGCUAUUGAAAAACUUGAAAUUAUUGAAAAAUUCAUCGUUGUCUGGCAUAGGGAUCGAUAAUGACAAUAUAACGCUAGCAAUACUUGAAGACAAGGCUUCGUUAAAAAAGAUAUAUAAUAUAUUGAAAAAGCAGCAAUUACAUCGUAUUUUACAUUCCACUGAGCCACCAUCGAGUAAAUCUAAUUUAGCCAGAUCUACCUCAUACUCGAGCCUUCUAAAUAGCAACACAGACAACAGCUGCUAUGAUAGCACCUCAAAGUAUCUGUCAAACAUUCAAGAUUCCGUUGAAUUGAUUCAAAGUCCCAUGCCUAUCAAAUCGUCAAAUGCAGUUAGACGCACACAAAAGCCACCGGAAUCACUCGCACUAAGGGGCAAUAGUAUCAAGAAUUUAGAAACAAAGAUAGUUAAUAAGAUUCCAAUGAAUUCAUGUGGAACGCAAACAAAUUUUGUUCAAUUGUCUGAAUUAAAAUUAUUAGCCGAGCAAUAUGAGCAAUUUCUGAACGAUAGCAAUUAUAAUAAUAAAAAUAAUAAUUCAGAGAACGACGAAGCCGAUAAACCGCCAUUGGGCAACCACAUUUCCAGCCACAGACGUAGCUCGAUCGAUAACGAAGACGUCUCCCAGUCAGUUAGUGAUACGAUAAAACGAUAUUUACGCAUGGCCCGAAAGAAAAGUUUGCAUAAUGGCGAUGCGAACCGUUUUAAAUCUGUUAACUACGAUCGAAAUCUGCGUAAUAUUAAGGCAAAAGGUGAAAUCAACCCACCUGGCAUGGAUGAAGGCAACAAUAAGGCAGUACAGACGUUAGAUGCGUGGGCGCAAGUUGCUUUGGAUUAUAUUCGCGGAAAUGAGAAUUCAAUCAAUUUACAAAACGCCCAUAUUGCCUGGCAGAAGGAUCUAGAUGAGCGUAUUCGAAAGAAAUACGAGUGGGAUAAGCAAUUUAAAGAGCGCAACACUGACGCACAUUUUAGUAGCCUCAAUAGAAAGUCGAUUGGACAGUCUCCUUGCCUGUCAGCGCCCAACUCCCCAACAAGCCCCAUUCAACAUCUUCAGCAUCAUCUGCCAAAGGAGAAGAGUUUACGAACUGCUAGCGCCAUAAUAUCCUCUAGCUCACACUUUCUAUCAAAUUUCUGGCAUGCUAACAGUAAUGAUCCCCCCAGUAUACAAAGCUUAAAAUAUGGGAAUAUAAGGGAACCAUUUAUGAAUUCAGAUAAAAAUGAAACGACAAAUAUGCAGAAAUCAAAAUCUUUAUCUAAUGUUGGACAUUUUGUAUCAAAAAAAAUUUGGGGAAGUCGCUCCAAGGGUCAAAAUAGACAAAAUGAUAGUCACGACUUUGUAGCACAGCAACAUAAAUGGACCCCUCUGGAGAAAUGCUCAUGGAUAUCUGAAGAAGGUCAGAUUCUCCAACUAACAGAUACGUCAUUGGAAAAACUUUCAAAUAUCGAAGCUGAGGUGCUAAUGCACAUAGCGCUACAAAAAAUCAAGGAGCUAAAUAUUGGCAUGAGCAUAGAUUUAGAUCGAAGCACGCAGAAAAGUCGAGCUGUAUCAAAAAAAAGAGCACUUACAACAAGUUUUUUUGAUAUUGGCCGAAAGGAUGAACACAAUGGACGUGAUCAUUUAUUUGGAGCUUCUUUGGAGUGCUGCUUAUCAAGAGACAAAAAGCAAUGCGGAGAAGUGGAAACAGGCUCAAAACAGUCGCUGACAUCAGUAUUUCGGAGUAAUCGAGUUGGAAAGCUGAAUGAUAAUGUGCGGUCGUAUGAGAGCUUGCCAACUAAGUCGAUGGAUUACGGACGUUGUAGCCCUUCAGAUCAGGUGGCUUCUUCUACAAACUACCUAAACAAUCUUCAAAAAUUCUCAUCAAUGUCAUUGAAAAUGUCACGGAGUCAGUUUGAUAUGCGAAAUGUUGAGCUCGACCUCGAUGGGAUAUUAUUUACAGACUCCAAAAAUAGUUCAGCAAUGAAUGUUCCUAUGUUUGUAACAAUUUGUAUAGAAUACUUGGAGGAAUAUGGACUACAAAAAGUUGGACUCUUUAGAGUUAGUACAUCUCAAAAGCGUGUGAAACAACUUCGAGAGGAAUUCGAUAAAAACUGCAAUAUGCGCAUUCCUGAUAAUACAUGUCCACAUGAUGUAGCAACAUUACUAAAAGAGUUUCUACGGGAUUUACCUGAGCCCCUACUGUGUAAAAGAUUUUAUACAACUUUUUUGGAAACGCAACGCAUAAGAAACCGACGUCUUCAACUGGAAGCGAUAUCUCAUUUAAUCAAAUUAUUACCCAUCGCACAUCGUGAUACAUUAUAUGUAUUACUAAAGUUUCUGGGCAAUGUAGCUGCCCAUUGUGAUGAUAUAUGCAAUCCAGAUGGCACCGUUCAUAUUAUUGGCAACAAAAUGGAUAGCAACAAUCUAUCCACCGUCUUUGCCCCCAACAUUUUGCGUGAUUAUCCACCAAAGUCGGGCGAAUACAAAGAGCAGGGCAACAUGGCCGAUGCCAUCAAUGUAAUCAGAAUAAUGAUUGACCACUAUGAAGAAAUCUUUAGAGUCCCUGUAGAUCUUGUAGAUCUACUUUACACUCAUAUGUUAGACACAUGUCCAGAACAAUUAAACAUUCUUAUCACGUCUAAAAUAAAUCAAUCUGCAACUACGCAGGUAGAGAGAUUAAAAUCUAUAGAGAAUCAGACGAGCCUCUCAGAUAAUACAUACAGUCCAGUACUUUUACCUGACGGCAGGCGACAAUCAACACCGAUCCUAUUAGAAACCCAAAACGUGUUCUCAGCCAGCUUACAGAUAUCUAAACCAGACGAAUCGGCCCCAAAACCAACGACUAAGAUCAACCAAAUGCAAGAGAGUACAGUUCAAGUGGCGAGCAUAUCUGAGCCGAAGCUUCCGACUAGUAUAUCGAAUAUAGGCGGAGCCACAUUGUGCGCAAAGACGGCAGAGUUUGAGAAAAACCACAUGACGAAAGCUUCAAUUCCAUCAGCAAGGGCUAAACCACUCUAUAAACGACAACAGUUGAUAUCCAGCUCCAAGCGAUAAUAUACCGGAAAAUAAAAUUAUGCAAA